UCUUACCUGUCUUCUUUUCAAUUUUCAACAUCAUCUUCAAACUCCAAUCAUCUACCAGGUUAUCAAAUCACUUUUUUUUCCUCAUUGCCUGGCUCCCAUUUCAUUUUUCUUGCGUUGUUCAUUCUCUGCUUCUGGAUCCAUUGUCCUUCUCCCUUUCCUCCUCGGUCUCCCGGAAAUUUUGUAUAUCAUUUUUUAUAUUGUAAAUUAACAUGGUAGUAUGCUCUUGAGUUUAAAAUGUAGUUGGUGAUUACACUGUUGUUGUUUCUGUUUGGUUAGAAGUUACUGGGAGAUUUAGGUUAUCCUGUUCAAGUUUGAUAGCUUAAAACCUAGUAGAGUCCACUCAGUUAAACCUUAUACAAGCAUAUAGUUUAGUUAAGUAGCUCUAUCUUUCUCACAAAAUAUAAAAAGACUUAACAGUUUUUCUACUCAUUCAUAUUUUUUAACAAUUCUCACCAUUGUUUUAAUCUCUGUGUAAUCUGCUAAAUGUACACCUGUUUCAAAUCAUCAUAGUUUUGUCCUUUGCUUAAAGUGAUUUUGGCAUUCAUGAAUUGAUAAAAAUGUGUUUUAUGGACGCUAGAUAUAAUUUACUUUUGGUAUAUUUUAUUGUAUCCCUAUCUCUUUUUAAAAUAGGCCAGAGUUUUCAUGUUUCUUCACUUCCAUGUAAUGUAUCUUCAACUGAAUCUUGUCCUGCCUCACUGUAUUAUGUUCCGGAGACCUCAAAGACCCUUGAAGAAACAGCCUCUUUGUUCAAUGUAAAUCCUAAUGUAGUGAAUAGAACUAUUGAUGGUUUCUUGAUUGGGAUUAAUUGCAGCUGCCUACAUGAUCAUGAUGUGUAUGUUUGGCACAUGGACUACAAAAUCCAAUAUGGAGAUACAUGGGAGAAAGUCUCGUCCAAAUUUGGGUCAUUUGUGUUGGAAAAAAAUGAAAAAACUCUCAUCCCAACACAAAUUGUUACUUUAGAUCUCAUAUGUGGUUGUUCAAAGAGUUUUGAUGAUGUUUUGACAUACAAGGUUGAAUCUGGAGAUACCCUUUUUAGAAUUUGCUCCAGGUUUCAGGUUGAUAUAGACAAGACUGCCAUGUUCAAUAGACUUGAAAAUCCUAAUAUUAUCCAUGCUGGAGAUGUGAUUUUUAUUCCUGGACCAGGCCUUCAAAACCUUACCGGGCUUGAAGAAAAAGAUCCCAUUGUCAAAAGAAAAUCAAAAUCUUCAAUCCGGAUUGUGGUUGGAAGCACUUUAGCUGCUUUUACUUGCAUACUAUUAACAGUUGCCCUUCUGUUUUGGAAGUGUUAUAAGAGGAAGGGAACUUCACGAUCAAAAGUCUAUCCUCGAAGACUCAAUUGCUUGCGCUGUUAUCUUGGCUCAUGCCAAUUUCACACAAAAUUCGAAGAAAGUGUUGUUUCCUCAUUUAGUUCAGAGAAAGCUACUGUGUUUCCUUACCAUGAAGUUCGUGAUGCAACUUCCAAUUUUAGAACUUCUUUAAAGAUUGGCCAAGGAUCUUAUGGAUCUGUUUACCUUGGAAAAUUAAGAGGAAUCGAUGUGGCUAUCAAGCAGAUGAAAAACACCAAGUCAAAAGAGUUCUUGUCAGAGCUUAAUAUCCUUUGCAGAGUUCAUCAUUCAAACUUGAUUGAGCUUAUUGGAUACGCAGCUGGUGGAGAAUCUCUGUUUCUUAUAUAUGAAUAUGCCCAAAAUGGUGCACUGAGUAACCAUCUGCACAAGCCCAGCGUAAGAGGUUAUAAGCCUCUUGCUUGGACUACACGUGUUCAGAUUGCUCUUGAUGCAGCCAAAGGCCUUGAGUACAUACAUGAACACACAAAACCAUAUUAUGUCCACCGAGAUGUGAAGACAAGCAACAUUCUGUUAGAUUCGAAUUUCCGUGCAAAGAUUGCAGAUUUUGGACUGGUAAAAUUAUUAGAGCAUUCUCCUGAAGUUGCAGCUGCAGCAUCUAGAAUUGUUGGCACCUUUGGUUACCUUGCUCCUGAGUAUGUAAGAGAUGGGUGUGUGACCACAAAGAGUGAUGUGUAUUCAUUUGGAGUUGUUCUGAUGGAACUAAUUACGGGGCAACAAGCACUGAGUAGAGAUGCAAGUCCUGGAAAUGAUCAAUACCGUGAACAUCGCUCUCUGGUGGAUUAUAUGCUAUCAGUGUUAAAUGAUACUCAGAAUCCUAUGGUCAAGCUGUUAGAAUGCUUAGAUCCAAACCUCAUUCAGUACCACGAAGAUUCAGUUUUUCAGAUGGCUCUUCUGUCCAAGGACUGCGUGGAUGAUAACUGGAAACGGCGUCCCGACAUGUCAAACGUUGUGAUUCGUCUUUCAAGCAUCUUAAAUUCCUCCCACCAUUUCAACACUAACCGAUAAAGCUUUACUGCUUUUAAUUCCAAUUUAAUCAACAGUUUUUGACUUUUGUUUUGUUUACUGAAAGUAAUAGAAGACCUCAAAUUCAUGCUUGA